AUGGAAAAAGCUUCAUGCUUGUUUUGUGGAAGGAUUCCUUCAACGACAACAACAAAAGCUUUGGCUUUGAGUGUUCAAAAGAGUAGCUUUUUGAGUUCUUUGCCAUUCUCCUUUUCUUAUUCUUCGAAAUCAAUAUGUUUAUUUGUUGACCAUAAAUAUAAUUUACCUUUAACAAAAUUUAAGUCCAAGCAGUUUGUUUGCAAUGGUAUUGGAGAAAGCAGCGGCAGUCAAAGUGACAGCAGGAUUAUUACUUCUACAAAGAAGCAGCUUAGAAGGAGAAGUUACAUUGGUGGCAACCCAAGAGGUAACAAAAGUGAGGGUAAUUCUGCUUCUACGCCUAAUGAUAGUCUCAGUAGGACAAAAAUAUUAGUCAAGGAACUAGGAUUGUUGAAGAAACAGAAGGCUCAAAAGAAUAAGGCUUUAAAUAUUAGAACCUUGUAUCAAAAUGGGGAUCCCUUGGGCAGAAGAGAUCUUGGGAAGAAGGUUGUUUGGUGGCUUAGUGAAGGUAUGAGGACAAUGGCUUCAGAUUUUGUGUCAGCAGAGUUGCAAGGGGAGUUUUUGGAGUUGAGACAAAGGAUGGGACCUGGAUUGACAUUUGUAAUCCAGGCACAGCCUUAUCUCAGUGCUAUUCCUAUACCCCUUGGACUCGAAGCAAUUUGUUUGAAGGCUUGUACGCAUUAUCCAACAUUGUUUGAUCAUUUCCAGAGGGAAUUGAGGAAUGUUCUUCAAGAGUUGCAGCAAAAAUCCGUGGUUGAAUAUUGGAAGGAGACUGAGUCUUGGAAGCUGCUUAAGGAGCUAGCGAAUUCUGCUCAGCAUAGGGCGAUUGCUCGGAAGAAUACAUCUCCAAAGCCUGUUCAGGGUGUUUUGGGGAUGGAUUUGGAGAAGGCUAAGGCCAUGCAAGGUAGGAUUGAUGAGUAUACGAAGCGGAUGUCGGAGUUGCUUCAGAUCGAGAGGGAUGCGGAAUUGGAGUUCACUCAGGAGGAGUUAGAUGCUGUUCCUACACCUGAUGAGGGUUCCGAUCCAUCAAAACCUAUUGAGUUCUUGGUUAGCCAUGGCCAGGCUCAGCAAGAACUUUGUGACACCAUUUGCAAUUUGAAUGCUGUUAGCACAUCAACAGGAUUAGGCGGAAUGCAUUUGGUGUUAUUUAGGAUUGACGGCAACCACCGACUGCCACCCACGACCUUGUCUCCUGGAGAUAUGGUUUGUGUGAGGAUUUCUGACAGCAGGGGAGCAGGUGCAACUUCUUGCAUUCAGGGAUUUGUUGACAACCUUGGGGAUGACGGUUGUAGCAUCAUUGUUGCCAUGGAGUCUCGUCAUGGUGAUCCAACUUUCUCUAAGUUAUUUGGAAAAAGUGUGCGCAUUGAUCGUAUUCAUGGUUUGGCUGAUGCACUCACAUAUGAGCGCAAUUGUGAAGCCUUAAUGCUGCUCCAGAAGAAUGGCUUGCAGAAGAAAGACCCUUCAAUUGCUGUUGUGGCCACACUAUUUGGAGACAAGGAAGAUUUAGAAUGGCUGGAGGAGAAUGGUUUGGUCGACUGGAGUCAAGUGGAGUUGGAUGGAUUAUUACAGCAUGGAACAUUUGAUGAUUCCCAGCGAAAAGCAAUUGCUUUAGGCUUGAACAAGAAGCGGCCUGUGAUGGUUGUUCAAGGACCUCCAGGCACUGGAAAGACAGGCUUGCUUAAGGAUAUUAUAGUACUUGCCUCACAGCAAGGUGAAAGGGUUCUAGUAACAGCGCCUACUAAUGCAGCUGUUGACAACAUGGUGGAGAAACUUUCCGGUACAGGAUUGAACCUAGUGCGUGUUGGAAACCCAGCACGCAUUUCUUCAAAUGUAGCAUCCAAGUCGUUGGUUGAGAUAGUCAAUUCUGAGCUUGCAGAUUAUCGAGCAGAAUUUGAAAGGAAGAAGUCAGAUCUAAGAAAAGAUCUUCAACUUUGUUUAAAGGAUGAUUCUUUAGCUGCUGGAAUACGCCAGCUUUUAAAGCAGCUUGAUAAGGAACUAAAAAAGAAGGAGAAGGAAAUGGUGAAGCAAGUAUUAUCAAGUGCUCAGGUGGUGCUUUCUACGAACACUGGAGCGGGUGAUCCACUUAUUCGAAAAUUGGAUACUUUUGACCUGGUUGUUAUGGAUGAAGCUGGACAGGCAAUUGAACCCUCUUGUUGGAUUCCAAUAUUGCAGGGGAAACGUUGUAUACUAGCUGGCGACCAAUGCCAGCUUGCUCCCGUAAUUUUGUCUCAAAAAGCUUUAGAAGGUGGCCUUGGAGUAUCCUUGCUAGAGAGAGCUGCGACUUUGCAUGAAGGGGUUCUUGCUACCAUGUUAACAACUCAGUACCGAAUGAAUGAUGCAAUAGCCAGUUGGGCUUCGAAGGAGAUGUAUGAUGGAGAACUGAAAUCCUCUCCUUCUGUUGCAUCUCAUCUUCUUGUUGAUUCUCUAUUUGUCAAGCCCACGUGGAUAACACAAUGCCCAUUGUUGUUACUCGACACAAGGAUGCCAUAUGGAAGUUUGUCAGUUGGCUGUGAAGAGCAUCUAGACCUUGCAGGCACAGGGUCUUUUUUCAAUGAAGGGGAAGCCGAUAUCGUUGUCCAACACGCCUUUCAUCUGAUCUAUGCAGGUGUUAGCCCAACAGCUAUUGCUGUGCAAUCACCUUAUGUUGCUCAGGUACAGCUCUUACGAGACAGGCUCGAUGAGUUCCCUGAGGCUGCUGGCGUCGAGGUUGCGACAAUCGAUAGCUUCCAGGGUCGAGAGGCUGAUGCAGUAAUCAUAUCAAUGGUACGAUCAAACACUUUAGGUGCUGUUGGGUUCUUGGGGGACAGUAGGCGAAUGAACGUUGCCAUAACCAGAGCACGCAAACAUGUUGCGGUCGUGUGUGAUAGCUCGACAAUUUGCCACAACACUUUCCUGGCCAGGCUCUUACGCCAUGUCCGGUACGUUGGUAGGGUGAAGCAUGCCGGACCUGGUGCUUCUGGAGGAUCGGGACUCGAGAUGGAUCCAAUGCUGCCAUCCAUUAGUUAACAUGACAUGGAAAAAAGGCUUUAAAUUUGUUUCAGUUGAAUGAUUGUUUGGAAGUUCAAUCUGUAAAAUGGAUGGUUUGGAUACGUUUGAUUUCGGCAUCUGUUUUACCCAUUAAUUUAUGUACAUAUGGUCAUUUUUUGUGAUCGAAAUUGCUACCUUUUGAUUCAGUUGUAUAUAGAAAUAUACAUUUGAUGAA